AUGUCGACCCUUGAAGAUCUGGAAGAUCUCGAACGCGAGCAGAGAGACAAGAAGAAGGACCAGGGCGAUGGCGACGGUGAUGGCCAGCAGCCUGGAGGAGAUGGAGAUGCUGAAAUGAAAGAUGCUGAUGCGAAGAAGAAGGAUGAAGAGGAGGGUUUAUUGGAUGAGGAGAUUCUCAACUCGAGCACAGCAGACAUUGUCAAGCGGCGACGGAUGUUGGAGAAUGAGCUCCGCAUAAUGAAGAGCGAGUACCAACGAUUGACACACGAACAGAAUACAAUGCAGGAGAAAGUGAAGGAUAACCAGGAGAAAAUUGAGAACAACAGACAACUACCUUACCUCGUCGGAAACGUCGUCGAGCUUUUGGAUCUGGAUGUUGAGGCAGAGGCCGCCGAAGAAGGAGCCAACAUCGAUCUUGACGCUACCCGAGUGGGCAAGUCCGCUGUCAUUAAAACUUCAACUCGACAGACUAUCUACCUUCCUCUCAUCGGUCUGGUAGAUCAAGAGAAACUCAAGCCCGCUGAUUUGAUCGGUGUCAACAAGGAUUCAUAUCUAAUUUUGGAUACACUACCCGCCGAGUAUGACAAUCGGGUGAAGGCCAUGGAGGUCGACGAGAAGCCGACAGAGAAGUACUCGGACAUCGGUGGUUUGGACAAGCAGAUUGAAGAGAUCGUUGAAGCCAUUGUAUGGCCGAUGAAGGAGGCGGAACGAUUCAAGAAGAUCGGUAUCAAGGCGCCAAAGGGUGCUCUGAUGUACGGUCCUCCUGGUACCGGUAAGACCCUUCUUGCGCGAGCCUGCGCCGCCGAGACAAACGCUACAUUCCUCAAGCUUGCUGGACCUCAGCUGGUGCAGAUGUUCAUCGGUGACGGAGCCAAGCUGGUCCGGGACUGCUUCGCUCUUGCCAAAGAGAAGGCUCCUUCGAUCAUUUUCAUUGACGAACUCGAUGCCGUGGGUACCAAGCGUUUCGACUCCGAGAAGUCCGGUGACCGCGAGGUGCAACGGACCAUGUUGGAGCUUCUGAACCAGCUUGAUGGAUUUGCUUCGGAUGAUCGUAUCAAGGUCCUGGCCGCGACAAAUCGUAUCGAUGUCCUUGAUCCCGCUCUGCUCCGUUCCGGUCGACUGGACCGCAAGAUCGAAUUCCCUCUACCCAAUGAGGAGGCGCGGGCAAACAUCCUGCGAAUCCACUCCCGCAAGAUGACCGUGGAUGACACCGUCAACUGGGCCGAAUUGGCUCGAAGUACCGAUGAAUUCGGCGGUGCGCAGCUGAAGGCCGUCUGUGUCGAAGCCGGUAUGAUUGCUCUCCGGAAAGGCAUGAGCAAGGUCGGACAUGAGAACUACGUGGAUGCUAUCGCCGAGGUCCAGGCCAAGAAGAAGGACACAAACAUGGGUAUCUAUGUCUAG